CAAGCAGUCUGAUCCUUUAAGGGUCAGUUAAUAUUAGCGGUCACUUAGGUUUGGCGUGCUUGUCAGCCAUGGUGCAAUCAGGAGCAAAAGCCAGAAGGACUGCCAGGAAAGGUGUUGCUACUCGUGAAUAUACAAUUCAUUUGCACAAACGCAUUCAUGGUGUUGGUUUCAAAAGACGAGCUCCUCGAGCUAUUAAAGAAAUAAAGAUGUUUGCUAAAAAGAUGAUGGGCACUGAAGAUGUUCGAAUUGGUGUGCGGCUCAAUCAAUUUAUAUGGUCCAAAGGUGUCCGAAAUGUUCCAUAUCGUGUCCGCGUGAGGCUUGCGCGCAAAGCUAACAAGGAUGCAGAUAGUAUACAUAAGUUCUACACUUUGGUAUCAUUCGUGCCUUGUACUGAUUUUAAAGGAAAGCAGAUAAUUAAUGUUGAAUCAGCAGAAUAAGUCUUAUAAAUAAAUUUAUAGACUGGACUAUU